AUGGCAGAUUAUCACAAGACUGAUAUGCACAUUGAGAUGUGGAAAACAAAGAAACAAAUCAAGGGACUUGAAACUGCGAGGGGGAAUGGCACCAGCAUGAUUUCUCUCAUCAUUCCUCCUCGUGAUCAAAUCGCUCGCGUUACUAAGAUGUUGGACAAUGAGUAUGGAACUGCUUCAAAUAUCAAAAGCAGGGUGAACCGUCAGUCUGUUCUAUGCGCAAUUAAAUCUGCCCAGCAGCGGCUCAAGCUUUAUAACAAGGUUCCUCCUAAAGGACUUGUGCUCUAUGUUGGAACAAUUGUUUCUGAAGACAGGAAGGAAAAGAAGAUUACAAUCAGUUUUGAGCCUUUCAAGCCCAUCAAUGUGUCUAUGUACCUCUGUGACAACAAGUUCCAUGUUGAAGCUCUUAAUGAACUAUUAGAAUCUGAUGAGAAAUUUGGUUUCAUUGUCAUAGAUGGUCAUGGUACUCUUUUAGGGACAUUGAGUGGUAACACGAGGAAGGUGCUUCAUAACUAUACGGUUGACCUCCCAAAGAAACAUGGAAGAGGAGGGCAAUCAGCUCUUCGAUUCGCUCGUCUUGGAGAGGAGGCACGCCACAACUAUGUUACUAAGGCAGCAGAAAAUGCUACCAAGCUUUUUAUUAACCCUGCCACAAACCAGCCGAAUGUUGCAGGACUGAUACUGGCAGGAUCAGCAGACUUCAAAACUGUGCUUAGUGGUUCAGACAAAUUUGAUCCACGUCUGCAGGCCAGAAUACUGACUGUGGUGAGUGUUCGCUGUGGAGGAGAGAAUGGUUUCGAUCAGGCUAUUGACUUGUCAUCGGAGAUUCUAUCCAAUGUGAAAUUUGUACAGGAGAAACGCCUGAUGGAAAAGUACUUUGAAGAGAUUAGAUUGGAUACAGGAAAGUAUGUUUUUGGUUUAGAUGAUACACUAAAAGCUUUGGAGAGAGGUGCUGUGAAGAUACUUAUCGUGUCAGAAAGCCUGGAAAUCAAUAGGUAUGUGAUGAAAAACUCUAGUACUGGUGAGGUUGUCGUCAAGCAUCUUAACAAAGAGCAGGAAAAUGAUAAGAGCAACUUUUGGGAUUCUGCCAACUCCAGAGAACUAGAUAUUCAGGACAAGAUGUCAUUGUUGGAGUGGUUUACUGACGAGUACAAGGGGUUUGGUUGUACUCUUGAGAUUGUCACCAACAAAUCACAAGAGGGGUCACAUUUCUGCCGAGGUUUUGGGGGCAUUGGAGGAAUUCUCCGCUACCAGCUUGAUAUGAGAUCAUUUGAUGAGUUUUCUGAUGAUGAAGAAGAUUACGACGAUGGAGACGUUUCUGAUGAUGCUAAAUAGGAAUCAAUGAACCAUUCCCCAACUCUAGUGCAGCAUGCUGGGGAUGAAAACCCCUGCACCAGUGGCCAUGGAGUUGCGGUAGCUGCUGCUGCUGCGGAGCCUGAGCGGUGCUCAAAGGAAAUAACAGGCUCGAUCAAGGGCAUUACAUUA